AAUAUAGUCCAUUCAGGAUCUUGAGACUGAUUUGCCCCAUGGGCCUAAGACAGAAGCUGAACCUCUGGCCUGCAGCUCCAGAUCCAAGGUGACUGAGACAAACUGCCAGCUGCCACUGGCUUAUCAGGAGCACCUGCCACUGUUUACUGCUGCUACACUGUUGCCCAAGACACUUCAGAAGUGACCGUUAUUGUCAUCUCUGGCCAAGUCCUGGAAGGCAAGCCACCAAGUCCCAUGCACCAUUCCCACAGCCUGACAACCUUCCUGGAAUCUAAAGAGUCUGCCCACUUCUGGAUGUUUGUUCAGAAUCUGCUAACACAUCAAGGCCACUUUUCUUAGGAGCCUCCUGACUUCCCAAAUCAGUGCCUUUGGAUUCAUCUCUUCCAGGAGAGUUCAGUGUCUUCUGAAGUGUUACAAAACGUCCUUCGGGGCAAGAAGGCGGACACGCAGAGCUCAACUUUAUAGAAAGGAGAUGGACCACAUGUCUCCCAGGCUGAGAGCCUUCCUCUCCGAACCCAUUGGAGAAAAGGAUGUCUGCUGGGUGGAUGGCGUCAGCCAUGAGCUCGCGAUCAAUUUGGCCACCAAAGGUAUCAACAAGGCCUACAUCCUGCUGGGACAGUUCCUUCUGAUGCACAAGAAUGAAGCCGAGUUUCAGAGGUGGCUCAUUUGCUGUUUUGGUGCCACUGAGUGUGAGGCCCAGCAGAGUUCUCACUGCCUGAAGGAGUGGUGUGCCUGCUUCCUGUAGACACAAACCUCAUCGCUGCCCCCCACCCCCUGGGGAAAAUGACACCCUCUCCACCUA